UUUUAUUAUGAGUGCUGUGCCUCAUAGGCUAUUCUGUGAAUGAGCAUGAUUGCUGUCUCAAAUAUGCUCAUGCUCUCAUUGUAAGCAUUGAAAUCCAUGUUCUUUAAAACUCUCAUUCGAUUUGAUAUAGGAGUACUCGGGAUUACUUCGCAGCCCAAUUCUGUUCUGAUCUGUGUAUAUUUGAUUUCCCAGGUUGGUGUGGGAUUAAUGUUCUUCCAGCAAUUUGGGGGGACUAAUGCUAUUGCAUACUAUGCUAGUAUGCUAGGUCCAUUUUAGAGGCAGCUGGUAAUCAACUUUAAUCAUCACCUUCAUCAGGUCAUUAACCGAUCCAGUUUUCCCUAAUGAAAAUUGACACUAUUUAUGGAUUAUUGGUGCAGAGUUUUCAAGCUAAUUAGUAUUUGAUAAUUGUGCAAGUAAUCCUGACACCUACUCAUCUGGCAAUUAGUGGUGUUAAAUUAGUAUUUGAUUUGGAUUUAUUGUAACGUAAUUUAGACUUUUUAGAUGUAAUUUGCAUUUUUUAUUUGAUUUGGAUUUAUCGUAAGGUGAUUUAGACAUUUUAGAUGUAAUUUUAAUUUUCUGGAAUUAAUUUUGAGUUUUUCGAAUUAAUAAGGAUUUUUGGUAUAGGAAUUUGGACUAACUUAAAUUUUCUGGAAUUAGUUGGAAUUUUUGUAAUCAAACUUUGAUUUUUUGAAUUAGUUUAAAUAAUUUUUUUUAUUUAAUUUAGAUUAUUUUUGUUAUGAACUCAUUUAAAUUUUCUAGUAUAUAACUGCAAUUUUUUGAAAUUUAAUUUGAUAUUAAAUAAUUAAGUGGGCUAAUAUUGUAUAAAAAGAAGUUGGGCCGACCCUAUGGCCCGACCCGGCCCAGCCUGACCCAACAGGGCCAUACAGGGCCAAAUGAGAAUAGGGUCGGGCCAAAUAUUUGAGCAUAUAGGGCUGGGUUUUUUUGGGUAGUGGCCGGGUCAGUGCUGGGUUUGGCCCAAUCUCACCCCUACUUUACAGGGUGAACUGUUUGUGAGCAACUGUUACCCAGCCCUUGUUUUAAUCAAAAUCGUGUUUUGUGUGUGUGUUGAUUUUGACUGUGUUUUCGAUGGGUAAUUGAGAAUUGAGAUUCUGCAUUUGUUGCAUCUGUUAGAAAUCAGCCGCCUCUCACCAUGGAAUUUACAGCAACCCAUAUGACUAUUUGUUUGUUAUUUGAUCUUACUUCUCUUUCUCAUCUCUUUCCAUGAACUCCCUUUUUUCUUGUAAUUUCUAUUGUUCUCCUUGAUUUAUUUCAACGAGUUGUAAAUGUGUGGGAUGGAAAGUGGCAGAUGAAUUUUGUUUAUUGUAUUAUGAUUAGGGUUGUAUGAUACUCAAUGAAAAAAAUCGUAGUAAUUAAUUAUCAGAAAACAGUAUGAAACAAUUAAACAAGUUUUCAUUUUUAGAAUUCAGUUUCAUAACUCAUCAAAAUUCUCAGCUAAACAAGGUUUAUUAGGUUUUGUUUUCUAGGAAUUGACAACUUCGUUUUCAUUUUAAUUUUGUUUUCUAUUGUGGCAUUUAACAGAAAUGGAAUGGCAAGUAAACAGUCCAUUAAGUUGUAUUUGUUAUUGUAGUUGUACUUCUUAAAAUAUUUGGUUGAUGUAGUAGUAUUUUGUUUUAUUGUUUAAAACAAGAAUGCUAUUGAAAAUAGACAUCAGUUUGUAAUAACGGUAUCUAAACAAGUUUUCAUUUCCAGGUUUCAGUUUCAGAACUCUCUAAAUUCUCAGCUAAACAAGUUUUCUUCAGAUUUUGUUUUCCAAAAAAUCAGUGAUUCUUUUUCUGUUGUCCAGAAAUAAAAAAAUAGCGACCGCCAACCCUUCUGCACUGUCCUGACAACUCAUAGCAGUCAUCUAGACGAAACCCACCAGGUAACCCUAGAACUAUCUCUCCUUCCUUUCAGACCACGCUCCCUUCUGGGGAUUCUUGAAAUUGUAAAAAUGGGUGAUCCUUUUCUGAUUAAUAUGAUUGAAGGCGUUGAUGGACUCCCAGUUUCUGUGCUUUAACCAGACCAGCUUGCUCACUAAGCCUCUCCUUCCACCGCAAUCUCGUUUAUUUGCCGCCGCUCCAAACUUCUAUCGCCGUCCAUCUUCACUUCAAUCCAAAGGAUUUGCUUUGAGCAGCAUAAGGUGUGCAAUGAAGUCUUAUCGGUUAUCUGAGCUAAAUCGUGCAGAGGUCGAUGGCCUGAAAGCUCGCCCUCGAAUCGAUUUCUCUUCCAUUUUCAGUGUGGUGAACCCUAUUGUUGAUGACGUUCGCACAAGAGGGGAUGCUGCAGUUAAAGAGUACACUGCAAAAUUCGAUAAAGUGAACCUGGAUAAUGUUGUUGUGGAUGUUUCUGGGCUUCCCAAUCCAGAGCUAGAUGCAGAUGUUAGGGAAGCAUUUGAUGUGGCAUAUGACAACAUAUAUGCAUUUCAUUUUGCUCAAAAAUCUGAUGAAAAAAGUGUCGAGAAUAUGAAGGGUGUUAGGUGCAAACGCGUGGCAAGAAGUAUUGGCUCUGUUGGUCUCUAUGUUCCUGGAGGUACUGCAGUCCUACCUUCCACAGCUUUGAUGCUUGCAGUUCCUGCCCAGAUUGCUGGGUGCAAAACUGUUGUUCUUGCAACUCCGCCGAGUCAGGAUGGCAGCAUAUGCAAGGAGGUAUUGUAUUGUGCCAAGAAGGCUGGCGUUACCCACAUUCUUAAAGCUGGAGGGGCUCAGGCUAUAUCUGCUAUGGCAUGGGGAACAGAGUCCUGUCCUAAGGUUGAGAAAGUUUUUGGUCCAGGAAAUCAGUAUGUUACAGCUGCAAAGAUGAUUCUCCAGAACAGUGAAGCAAUGAUAUCUAUUGACAUGCCAGCUGGACCUUCAGAAGUUCUGGUCAUUGCUGACAGAUAUGCCAGCCCAGUACAUGUAGCUGCAGAUCUGUUGUCUCAGGCUGAGCAUGGCCCUGAUAGUCAGGUUGUUCUUGUGGUUGUCGGGGAUGGCAUCGACAUGGAAGCUAUUGAACAAGAAAUCAGUAAGCAGUGCCAAGCCCUUCCUAGGGGAGAGUAUGCCUCGAAAGCUUUGAGCCACAGUUUCAGCGUCUAUGCUCGUGAUAUGAUAGAGGCCAUCUCCUUUUCCAACUUGUAUGCACCCGAGCAUCUGAUAAUCAAUGUGGAAAAUGCCGAGAAAUGGGAGGGUCUUGUUGAGAAUGCAGGUUCUGUGUUCUUGGGUCAGUGGACGCCGGAGAGUGUCGGGGAUUAUGCCAGCGGAACGAACCACGUGCUUCCUACUUACGGGUAUGCUCGGAUGUACGGCGGAGUAUCCUUGGACUCCUUCUUGAAGUAUAUGACAGUUCAAUCUCUAACCGAAGAAGGCCUGAGAAACCUUGGUCCAUUUGUGGCUACCAUGGCUGAAGUUGAAGGGCUCGAUGCCCACAAGAGGGCCGUCACUCUUAGACUCCAGGAUAUAGAGGCCAGGCGGCAGCAACAGCGAGUCACAACAACAUAGAAUAUGGUAGACUGCGCUUCUCAUUUUCCUUCUUUUCUCAGGUGGCCGUUGUCAGGAUCCCGAGUGUUGCCCCUUUUGUUUCAUUCUCAUACUUUGUUCAUAAACAUGUAUUCCUUUCUCGCACUCUUCUGGUGCAACGGUAAACUUUUUUGGUAGAGGCUCGUAUCACAUAGUAAUCCUACCAAAAGGAGAACAUUUGAACUAAACACACUCUGAUACUUCUAUGCAUCUUUUAUUUAUUGAACAACAAGUUUCUCAGAAAAAAUUCCAAGUUACACAUGUUUUAAAAAAAAUUCUCAAAAUACACGUUAUGAAAAUAA